AUGGUUAAAGAGAAGUUGGGAUUGGUAUUGUUGUAUACAGUCCCCUUGGCCGAAGUUUUUUUUGCUGGCAAAGGAGUUGUGGAGGCUGUGCCUGAAAAUAGUUUCUUGGCCAAUCACCCUCGGCAUCGAUCAAAGAAUUUGGACAAGAACAAGAUGAUAUAUGGAACAACCAAAAUGAAGAACUUGGAUACGAACAUUGGAUCCCUGAAGAUUAAUCUCACUGAAGAAGUAUUCAAAGAAGUGUCUGAUGCUGUACCACUCUGUGAGGUUGCUGGUGACAGAACAUAUGAAGGCAUGAUUGCCAAGACAUGGAAGUUUGCUAAUACACCUCCAUUGGGACUGCUGGCGGGGGACGCGGGGUUUGUUGUUGAUGAAGCACAUUCUGGAAGCACCACCCCUACCACCCGAUUGACACAAAAUCAUCCUCACCAGCGAAACCACUUCUACAAUAAACACAAAGUUGAAAUUGAAAUCAAAAUUGAGCCUUGUUCUUCUUCCUCUUAUGUUUUUGCUCCUACUGCUUCUUCUUCAGAGAGUUUGAGGGAGAGUGGUGAGUUCAAAAUCAAAAUUGAGUAUUUUUCUCUCAUUCUCGCUGACUCGGGCAUGCUGCCAGCCCCCUCAUUCUCUCUCUCUGACUCAGACCUUCUCGAGGCUUUUGCUAGAGCACCGACGAGUUUUCUAACGAGAAGAAUUCCACAACACUUCUGCGUGAAGAGAGAUUGCUGCACUUUCAUCUUCUUCGGCGAUGAUGGAGAAUUGAAUUAUAGAAAUUGGGGGGAUGCAAUUGGGGAGUCUAAUUGGAGAAUUGAGGAAUUACGGAGGUUGAAGCAUGGAGGAGUGAGAAAUCUUGAGCUUAGAUUUAAUGGUGGUGGAGGUUGCUGGUCUUUUUCGGAGAACAAAAACGAAGCAGCACAGUUGUGGGUUAAUGGAAGAAGGAAGGGGAGAGAGAAAGGAAAAAUAAAUGAGACCGUUUCAAUCGAUAAAGAUGCUCCAGCCGAGUCGUCGUCGACAGGUGAAUCUCAUGUCAAUGAAGAAUUGCUCAAGUCUGAUGAAGAAUUCGCUCGAUUGCUUCAGGCUGAGGAGGAAGCGUUGCUUUUCCAACAGUAUGUUGCUCCUGAGGAUCAUGGACAAAUGGAGGAGCGAUUAGGGAGUUAUAUUGAUCAAAUAUUAAUGUAUGAGGACCCGGUUCGCCAAGAAGCUGCUCGUAAGACAGUACCCAUUGAUAAGUUGGAGGAGAAAGCAUUGGUGGCUAUAGCAAAAAAGGGCGGGAACUUUGAACCAACAAAAGUUGAACAAGACCAUGCUUUCUUGCUGGAGUUGCUGAGUUGGUUCAAACAAUCAUUCAGUUGGGUUCAUGCACCUCCUUGUGAUAGCUGUGGGAAUCAGACUAUAAGUCAGGGCAUGGGUGUACCGCUGCCCGCAGAACUGCAAUAUGGAGGUUCACGAGUUGAGCUAUAUCGCUGCAGCUUCUGCUCAAGGAUAACUCGUUUCCCACGCUACAAUGACCCACGCAAGCUUCUGGAAACUAGAAAAGGGCGAUGUGGGGAGUGGGCUAAUUGCUUUACUCUGUAUUGCCGAGCAUUUGGCUAUGAAUCACGUCUUAUUUUGGAUUUCACGGAUCAUGUCUGGACAGAGUGCUUUUCACAUCAUUUAGGGAGGUGGAUGCAUCUUGAUCCUUGUGAAGGAAUUUAUGACAACCCGUUGUUGUAUGAGAAAGGGUGGAAUAAAAAAUUGAAUUAUGUGGUUGCUAUUUCAAAAGAUGGGGUAUAUGAUGUCACAAAACGUUACACAAGAAAGUGGCAUGAGGUUCUGACCCGCCGAAAUAUUACAACAGAGCAAAAUUUAUGCGUAAAUCUGGAGAACCUAACAAAACAAUGCCGAAAAGGUUUAAAACCAGAAGAGAUAUUUUUGCUUGAAGAACGUACUAAACUUGAGAAAGAAGGUAUUGAAAGGGAUCUUCAUUCAAAGGUUGAUGCUGCUGUUUCAUUACCUGGGAGACUAAGUGGGGACGAGCAAUGGCGCAUCUCAAGAUCAGAAUAUGGCUCUGGCAAGGAUGGUUUGAGUUGCAGCUCUUGUCCUGUUCGUUUUUGUGUGGAUGAGCAUGUGUCUGACAUUUAUAAUGCACUGGGACUUGUCUUUUCCCAGUUUAUGGAAAGUUCUCUUCCAAUCGCCAGUGGGGUUGAUGCCCUAAAGACCCUAAGAAGAAUCCUGACAGAUUUUCAGAAGUGUCCUAUAAGGUCUAGAGGGACAACUAAAUUUUCACAUGGUCCACAACCUUCUAUGCGUCAUCUGCUGCCUGUUUUUGGCAAGCUACUAAAAAGCCUCCAACUAAAGUUUGAGCCGGGCAAUGAAAAUGAAGUGCUUGUGCAUUUGGUUGGCCAUUCUGUAAAAGCCUUAUUAGCUUUGCCUGUUGCAUUAGAUGCUCUGGAUGAUAUGAUACAGAGCCUUGCUAAAUAUCCCAGCAUUUCGAAAGACUUACUCUCUUUGCCGCUUCUGAGGUUUAAUAGAAUGCAUUCAGGUUCAGUCCUUGCAAGUGGAGAAGAGCUUCCUUUUGGGAUUGCUACAUCAGCUUUUGAUGGGAUAAAGUCGUCAAAAUGGGAAGAGCCAACUGGAGCAAAAGGUGGUUGGAUUGCAUAUAAACUGAAAGAGGAGCAGAUGUGCCAACUCGUGGCAUAUGAGCUAAUGUCUGCCAACGAUGCUCCAGAAAGAGAUCCAAAGGAUUGGAUUGUUGAAGGAAGUAGUGACGGAGGGAUGAAGUGGUAUGUUAUAGAUAGACAAACUUGUCAGAAAUUUGAUAGCCGAUUCCAGCGCAAACUUUACAGGAUAGCAUCAUGCCAUACACAAUCAAAUGCUUUAAGGUUCACCUUUUUGUCAGUCCGAGAUGAGUCGACCCCAAGGCUACAAAUUGGUAGUAUUGACCUGUAUGCUGGAAACGGAAACUGCUAACAUCCAUUGCAGGAAAAGAAAGGGAUGACAGAGAGGGGAGGGUGUAUAAAAGAUGAGAGAGGGAAGAAAAGGUAGCAUUGCCGUUAAACCUAUUGGUUACAGUCAGUUUGGCCCGUUGCAUUUUUUUUUCUGUUAUCUAUUUGAUCAAAUAUGAAGGUUAUAAUUAUUUUAAAAUUUAUGAGGCUGAAUAAAGCACUCAGCCAUCAUAAAACUAAACCAAUAAAGAGAAAAUGAAAAGCUUCAGGCUGAAUAAAUCUAACAGUGCAUGUACUAUAGAAAUUUGCCAUAUUGUUUUCUGUCAUCCCUCACAAUGUUGUAAAGAUGUAUACUUGUUAUUGACAACAUUUUCAUUGAUUGGAAAGCAAUUAAUAUUCGAGAUACAUAUUAUGUCA